AUGAUAGAGCAACCCGCAAACGUGGAUGACGCCGUGAAUACCCCAGUUGUGGUUGAUUCAAACGAUGAUGGAACAGUCGCCCAGGAACUGGAAUUAGAGCAUAUGAGGAGUGCAUUGGAAGAGGCGAUUGUGGAAAAGCGCAGUACGCCUCUCGAAAAUCGAUCGCGACUUCCCCGCAUAGCCCUAAGCAAGCAGAAUCGGGCUGUCGUGAGGGCUCUGAACCCAAUGCUGGUGACCUAUUUGGCAGCCAGUCGGGACCUUUGCGAGACGGACUCAAUUCUUUUUGGCGCCGCGCUGGCAGUCUGCCGUAUCAUAGGCGCCAAGGUUUCCACGGCUGGACGCGCUACUGGCCAUAGUAGCGCUAUCCCAGCAUGGAGAAGAAGAAUUGAGGAACGUAUCGCAAAGGCUAGAGCUCUCAUCGGCACACUGAUGCUUCAGAUCAGGCAAUAA